AUGGCGGCCGCCAAGUCCGUCGAGCGGCUGGCGCAGCGCCUGGUCACCCCCGCCGAGCCCACGCCGGCCGGCCCGCUCCGCCUCUCCUGGCUCGACCGCUACCCCACCCAGAUGGCGCUCAUCGAGUCGCUGCACGUCUUCAAGCCGGCCCCUGACCGGGACGGCGGUGACGCCGGCCCGGCGGGGACAAUCGAGCGGGCCCUCGCGCAGGCCCUGGUGCAGUACUACCCGCUCGCCGGCCGCCUCGGGUUCACGGAGGAAGGUGGGCUGCUGCAGGUCGACUGCGGCGGCGACGGCAGCGGCGUCUGGUUCACGGAGGCCGCGGCAGGGUGCGCGCUCGAGGACGUCGAGUACCUGGAGCACCCCAUCAUGAUCGCCAAGGACGAGCUGCUCCCGCCCAUCCCCGCCCAGGAGGAGGACCCGCGGAAGCUCGUCCUGCUCGUCCAGGUCACCACCUUCGCCUGCGGCGGCUUCGUCGUCGGCUUCCGCUUCAGCCACGCCGUCGCCGACGGCCCGGGCGCCGCGCAGUUCAUGGCAGCCGUCGGGGAGCUCGCCCGCGGCCGCAGCGUGGAGGACUUGACCGUGGAGCCGCAGUGGGGCCGCGAGGCCAUCCCCGACCCGGCCGGCGCCGUCAUCGGCAGCCUGCCGAGCCCCGCGGGCGCCAAGCGGCUCGAGUACCUAGCCAUGGACAUCUCCGCGGACUACAUCAACCACUUCAAGUCCCAGUACAACUCGUCGCACACCGGAUCUUGGUGCUCGGCGUUCGAGGUGCUCGUGGCCAAGGCGUGGCAGAGCCGCACCCGCGCGGCGGGCUUCGAGCCGGACUCCACCGUCCACCUCUGCUUCGCCAUGAACGCGCGCCCCCUCCUGCACGCCUCGCUCCCGCGCGCCGGUGCCGGGUUCUACGGCAACUGCUACUACAUCAUGCGCGUCUCCGCGCCCGCCGGCAAGGUGUCCGGCUCCACGAUCCCGGAAGUGGUGAAGAUCAUCAAGGACGGGAAGAGGCGGCGUGGACCCGUACCAGAUCACGUCCGACUACCGGACGCUGCUGGUGUCGGACUGGACGCGGCUCGGGUUCGCCGAGGUGGACUACGGCUGGGGGCCGCCGGCGCACGUCGUGCCGCUGACGAACCUGGACUACAUCGCGACGUGCAUACUGGUGAAGCCGUGGGCGCACAAGCCCGGGGCGCGGCUCAUCACCCAGUGCGUGACGCCCGACCGCAUCGCCGCCUUCCACGAAGGGAUGCUCGACAUGAACUGACCGGGGCCGAGCACGACGACGGAGCCAAAGAAGAAGUCGAAGACGGAGGCGAGAGGAAUUGA